UUAAAUAGAAUCUACUCUUUGCCUCAACUAUGGCCCACUGCCCUCUCUAGCCCAAAGAAUUCCUUUCACGGUGAGCACCACAAGGGCCACGAUGCCACAUUUUAGCUUUGGUCAUUCUUCUCUUUCACUUUCUAAUGCUUCCAGAACCCACCUGAUGGGACAUGCCUUCAGUCCCAUAACUAAGAAGAAAACUCUAUCUCUUAGGGUAUCAGCAUUCCCAAGGGGUGGGAAGGAUGCACUAAAGUCAUUGUUGGACGUGGGUGUUUACCUUGCCUCCCAAGUUGAGUUGAACUCUCUCGGCUUUCCUAAAACGCCUUCAUUGGAACAAGCCAAUACCCUUUAUAAGAAUGAGGCAAUGCGGCUACUGAAAUCAGGGAAGGGUAAUGAGGCUGAGGAACUACUGGGAAAAGCAAUUGAGGAAUGUGGUUAUUCUGAGUCUGAUUACUAUUUGUGUAGCAUCCCGUGA